AUGUCCAGCAGAUAUGGAAAACAGAUUUGGGAUGCAUUCUUGAUAGAGUUGCUUAUGGUAUACUUCUCUUGGCGGAUCGCCACUGCGACUCUGCAUCCUUCCCUUAUUUGGACGCGUCCCAAGACAGUGCUCAGUAUGGUAGCUAUAUGGGCGAUAAUUCUCUCAACAUCGUUACCAUAUGUUUAUUCCACUGCCAUUUCUUUGAGUUUUGGGUCAGAUGGUGUUAUUUUAUUGUCAGCAGGAGUAAUGAUUACGUAUGCGACAGGUCAAACAGCAGUAGUCAAUUUAUUGGCUAUGAUUGCCUGCUCCACAUGCUACGCUGCAUGUUUUGCGAAAAUUCGAGAUCCACAGCAUAGAUACAAAGACGUUGAUAAAAGGCUCUUCUUCUGUGCACUAAUGUCAUCGUUACCAUUUUGUGCCGAAGUGGUUCGCUCGAUUGUUUCUCUUGCAACGUUCGAGAGAAGGGGCAGCCUUCACGAGUUUUCUCUUGAUUUCAGAAUUCCAAUUUUGGAACUAGUUCAUGUAAUAUUAGACUUUCCACGAGUUGUUGAAGCAAUUAUACUUGUCUAUGUUGAACACGUCGUUGCAGUUAUUAUGAAGCGGAAGUGA